CCCUUUCGUUCUUCCUUAUGUCACCGUCGUCAAGAAAUCGCCGCGGUCCUCUGUUUCUCGCUCCGUUCCUCCAUCUCGCCCCUCCUUCACUGGACUCUCCAUUGCCUUUUGUGCUCUUCCUCUGCGUCCCUAUCGGCCGCAGUUGUCCCGUGCGCGGGGCCCGUGUGGUCUACAGGGAAGCAAGGAGGCCCAUAGCAACCUUGCACCGCAAGGAGCCGCCUUUGACCUUCCCUUCCCCUCUUCCCCUUUAAAUCAAGCCUUCCCCGCUCGCUCCCUUCCUCCCUUGGUGGAAGACGAGGGAGCAAACAUGCUGACCCCUCCGUUCCUUGGAAUGCGUAUCGACGUAGAGUCCCUAUUGCAACCCGUUUUCCUCCAUGGCUUCUCCGCCUCGUGCCAUCUCAUAUUCCUGCUUUCGCUCUCCUUGUUCUGGCUCUGCAAGCGCACGAGGCACAAGCUGGAGAGUUCCAAACAUGGGGCAGAGAACAGCAGUCCUCUGCGCCAUCGGUUGGCGCUCUUCACCUGCUUGGUUUUGGGCCUGUUCAAUCUUUCCUUGUGCUUGCUCGAUUUCUUCUGGUACAGAGAUGGGUGGAGGUGGCCGCGCGACCGGGUGGCCGGUCGGUUGGAUUUGGCCCUCCGAGCGGCCGCGUGGCUCGCCACAUCUGCUUAUCUCGUUUUGGGAUUCCGGUCCGCGAAGAGAUUCCCGGCCCUUCUCAGGAUUUGGUGGGGGCUUUCUUUUCUCAUGUCCUCUUCUUUCCUUGCUAUAGACUUCUUCUGCCUCAGACAGCGCGCUGCUCUCCCAACCCGCGCUUGGGUAUUGGACAUUGGGUCCUUUCCAUGUGCUCUGGUCCUCUGUUGUGCCGGCUUCUUGUGGAACAGCUGGGAGGAGCAACAGAGCUCUGAUGCGCGGGAGCCGCUGUUGAAUGGUGGUUCCCAUGAGUCAUGCCAUGAUACUAAUACCGGCGGUGCUUCUCUUUUCCGGAAUGCCGGUUUUCUCAGCACACUCACCUUCUAUUGGAUGGGCCCCUUGCUUGCCGCCGGCCAUAGAAAGACCUUGGACCUCAAGGACGUGCCGCAGUUGGACGAGCGCGACAGCGUUAUUGGCGUCUUUCCCAUCUUCAAGAGCAAGCUUGAAUCUUGCUCAGGCAGCAGUACCUCUGCCUCUGAUGGUGCAAUCACCACACUCAAGCUGGCGAGAGCAUUAAUCCUGUCUGCCUGGAAGCAGAUAUUGUUGACGGCCUUGUACUGUCUCGUGUACACCGUCGCCACCUACGUCGGCCCCUACCUCAUCGAUUACUUUGUUCAAUACCUGAAUGGGAACCGCAAGUUCGCUAAUGAAGGCUAUAUGUUGGUCAUGGCAUUCGUCAUCGCCAAGAUUCUGGAGUGCCUCUCUCAGAGGCACUGGUUCUUCAGAUUACAGCAGGUCGGGAUCAGAGUCAGGGCUUCCCUUGUGGCAAUGAUCUACCAGAAGGGCCUGACUCUGUCCAGCUGCUCAAAGCAGAGUCGUACAAGCGGAGAAGUCAUCAACCUGAUGAGUGUGGAUGCGGACAGGGUUGGGCUCUUUAGCUGGUACAUGCAUGACCUUUGGAUGGUACCUGUGCAAGUGGCCUUGGCAUUGCUGAUCUUGUAUGCCAAUCUGGGCAUUGCUUCCCUUGCUGCAUUUGCUGCCACUUUCAUUGUUAUGUUGGCCAAUGUUCCCCUGGGGAAGAUGCAGGAGAAGUACCAGGAGAAGAUCAUGGAGUGUAAAGACACAAGGAUGAAAGCAACUUCAGAGAUAUUGAGGAACAUGAGAAUUCUCAAGCUUCAAGGCUGGGAGAUGAAGUUCUUGUCCAAAAUAAUCAAGCUUCGGGAAAAUGAGACCAACUGGUUGAGAAAGUAUGUCUAUACAUCGGCCAUGACGACCUUUGUCUUCUGGGGUGCACCUACUUUCGUGGCAGUGGUCACCUUUGGGGCCUGCAUGCUUCUGGGGAUACCACUGGAAUCUGGGAAGGUCCUCUCUGCGCUUGCGACUUUUAGAGUGUUGCAGGAGCCCAUCUACAACCUCCCUGACACGAUCUCCAUGGUUAUUCAGACUAAAGUUUCUCUUGAUAGAAUUUCGUCAUUCCUCUGCCUCGAGGAACUGCAAUCUAAUGCUGUGCAGAGGCUUCCAAGAAGAAGUUCUGAAGUUGCAGUUGAAGUGAUCAAUGGAAGCUUCUCAUGGGAUCCGUCUUCUGAAGUCCCAACCUUGAAGGAUUUAAAUUUCCAAGUUCUGCAAGGCAUGAAAGUGGCUGUGUGUGGAAUUGUUGGUUCUGGUAAAUCUAGCUUGUUAUCUUGCUUGCUAGGUGAAGUGCCAAAAAUAUCGGGAACUGUUGGCCUGUGUGGGACUACUGCUUAUGUUCCACAGUCACCAUGGAUACAGAGUGGCAAGAUUCAAGACAACAUUUUGUUCGGUAAGGAAAUGGACCAUGAGAAGUAUGACAAGGUUCUUGAAGCAUGCUCUUUGAAGAAGGACUUGGAGAUCCUGCCAUUCGGAGACCAGACAGUUAUAGGGGAGAGAGGCAUCAACUUGAGUGGAGGACAAAAGCAAAGGAUUCAGAUUGCCCGUGCUUUGUAUCAUGAUGCUGAUAUUUUCCUGCUCGAUGAUCCAUUCAGUGCUGUCGAUGCCCACACAGGGUCUCAUCUUUUCAAGGAAUGUUUGCUCGGCCAUCUAGCUUCAAAAACAGUGAUAUAUGUCACCCACCAAGUGGAGUUCUUACCUUCAGCUGAUCUUGUCCUGUGUAUGAGAGAUGGAAGGAUUGCACAAGCAGGCAAGUAUGCUGAGAUCCUAAAUUCAGGAACAGAGUUCAUGGAAUUGGUUGGUGCACAUAAGGAUGCUUUGGCAGCACUUGCCUCAGUUGAUCUUGGUACUGGUACUUCAGAUAACAAUGCAGAAGUUGGUACCAGUGGCACAAAAGGUAGUGCACGAACUUCUACCCAAGCAAAUGACACAGAUGCACAAAAUGGUAAAGCAGAUGAAGUAAACACCCAGAAGGGGCAACUUGUUCAAGAAGAAGAGAGGGAAAAGGGCAAAGUUGGGUUUUGGGUCUACUGGUCAUACAUUACGAUGGCAUAUAAAGGAGCUCUUGUGCCACUAAUGUUAUUGGCUCAAAUCCUUUUUCAAAUCCUUCAGAUCGGUAGCAACUACUGGAUGGCAUGGGCAGCUCCUGUCUCCAAGGAUGUUGAACCUCCUGUCAGUGGAUCAAUGCUAAUCUACGUUUAUGUUGCACUGGCACUUGCGAGCUCCUUCUGUAUCCUUAUAAGAGCCGUCCUGCUUGUAACGGCUGGAUACAAGACAGCGACACUGCUAUUUAACAAGUUGCAUACCUGCAUUUUCCGUGCUCCGAUGUCAUUUUUUGAUUCCACCCCCAGUGGCCGUAUCCUCAACAGAGCCUCAACAGAUCAAAGCGAAGUAGAUAUCAAUAUUCCUUCCCAAAUUGGUUCUGUUGCAUUUACAACUAUACAACUCCUCGGGAUCAUUGCAGUCAUGUCACAGGUUGCUUGGCAAGUAUUCAUUGUCUUUAUUCCUGUGAUUGCAGCCUGCAUUUGGUAUCAGAAUUAUUACAUAGGUACAUCACGGGAAUUAUCAAGGUUGGUUGGUGUGUGCAAAGCUCCAAUCAUACAACACUUCUCUGAAUCAAUGUCGGGAUCGAUGAUAAUUAGAAGCUUUGGUCAUGAGGCAAGAUUUGUAGACACUAAUUUUCAUCUAUCGGAUGAUUACUCUCGUCCCAAGUUUCACACUGCCGGUGCAAUGGAAUGGCUUUGCUUUCGUUUGGACAUGUUGUCAACUCUUACUUUUGCCUUCUCUUUAGUGUUCUUGAUCUCUGUGCCAAAAGGAGUGAUUGAUCCUGGUAUUGCUGGUCUUGCGGUGACAUACGGACUUAAUCUCAAUAUGCUUCUAACUUGGGUAAUAUGGAACGUCUGCCAACUUGAAAACAAGAUAAUAUCUGUGGAGAGAAUACUGCAGUAUACUAGCAUUGCUAGCGAACCUCCUCUCUCUGUAGAAACAAACAAGCUAGACUCCAGUUGGCCAUCAAAGGGAGAAAUAGAACUUCGUAACCUACAGGUUCGUUAUGGACCACACAUGCCUUUUGUGUUGAGGGGUCUGACUUGCACUUUCUCUGGAGGAAUGAAGACUGGUAUUGUUGGAAGAACAGGCAGUGGAAAGUCUACCCUGAUACAAGCACUCUUCCGUAUAAUAGAUCCUACUGUUGGUCAGAUACUUAUUGAUGGUGUUGACAUUUCAACAGUAGGACUUCAUGACUUAAGGUCAAGACUAAGCAUAAUUCCACAAGACCCAACAAUGUUUGAGGGAACUGUUCGUAGCAAUCUGGACCCACUUGAAGAGUACAAGGAUGAAGCGAUAUGGGAGGCCUUGGAAUCCUGUCAGCUUGGAGAGGAAGUGAGGAAGAAAGAAUUAAAACUCGACUCUGGAGUGACUGAGAAUGGGGAGAACUGGAGCAUGGGUCAACGUCAGCUUGUCUGUUUGGGUAGGGUGAUUCUGAAAAAAAGCAAGGUUUUGGUUCUUGAUGAAGCAACGGCUUCAGUGGAUACUGCUACGGACAAUCUGAUUCAGAAGACCCUGAGGAAGCAGUUUUCGGAGUCCACCGUGAUCACAAUUGCGCAUAGGAUAACUUCAGUUCUCGACAGUGAUAUGGUUUUGCUUCUUGAUAAUGGAGUAAUUGUGGAACAUGACACGCCAGCAAGAUUGUUAGAAAAUAAGUCAUCAUUAUUUGCAAAACUCGUCGCAGAGUAUACUUCGAGAUCUAGUUCAAGUUUUUGAUAAACCAAAUAACUAAUAUUUGAUAUCCAUCUUGGUCCAUGGAGAUAGCAUACUUCUGAUGAUGCCGAAUAUUUAUAGGAAGUUUUGUGUGUGAGAAGCCUGGUUAAUAACUGUUAAGUAUAGAUGUGAUAUUCCUUUUCUUCGAUCCAUAUGGUCAAACACAACACCAAAUUUUCAAUGAAGGCUGAUACCAGAGGCUUACUGCUCUGCUUCUUUGUACUUCUCAGUAUUUAUAGUAUCUCAGUGUCGACAACCGACAUGCUUCAAGUAGACUGAUUUUCUAGCUAAAAUUGAAAUUUAAUUAUAUAUUUUUUAUGAUAUCAUGGUACAAUAAAUGCAUUUUGUCUUUGUUUCCGUUGGCCGAGGAUGCAGAAUCUAUUUGGUGGAUGAUGUCCAGCUUCAACUAAAUUUUGCAGCACCAAUCUAUGAGUCAAAUCUAUUCUGCCACUAUGAUUUUAUUAUAAUGAGGUGUUUGUCUUCAUCAAUGUAGAUUCUGCACUUGUGAGAUUA